UUAUUCCAGCCUUUAGGGAUUUAGAACAACCCCAAACCACAAUGUUUAAGGAAUAUCAAUGCAGCUCGGCACAACAAUUGAGAAAUAAACAAAUUAGCAUGACUUUGGCAGGACUUUAGAGUUUUGUUUACAUCUCUCAUAAAGCGAUAUCCAGACUGUAGGUAAAUGUCCACAGCGGACAGGGGGUGGAGCUGGUGUGUGUGGUUUAAUGCCAUCCGCCCUCACAAUACCCCACCGCACACCCUCCCUCUCCUCCAGUCAGACAGCCCUUUCUCCAGCUCUCCAGCAGCACAGAAACUCAUCUCUAACGCCACAGUGCUGCUCUCGAUGUCAGACAGUCUCCUCUCGUGGAGUGGAAAUCAACACUGUUUAAUUCAGUUCAGUUGUCAGUGUUGCUUCAGUGCGUGGCACACCAAUCCUCCGGUGUUAACGGGACACGUCAGACAGGUCCUUGACUCUGGAACCAAAAUCUCCAUCCGUAAGGAGGCGUGGGGCCCACUUUGCGUAUUUGGAGAUUAACCACUAAAGAGUGCUGGGAUUCGAUCAGGAGGUGUUCACGCAGAAGGACGGUUCGUGGCAACAUGCGUGCGCUCCUCUCAGAGAGAGCAUGAUGGGAUUUUGGCUUCUGUAGGGACUUGCAGUCAGCUUUUCUUCACUUUUAUGAAUCAUUACAGAGGAAUCUGUUGGAUAAACAUCUGUUUGAAGCUGUUUUCCAAGUGAUUACUUCUUUCGGAGUUGUGUACAUAAAGGAUGUAAGACAAGAACCUGCACAGUAAACAUUUAAAAGACUGCACAUCAACAGCUGCUUAUGUCAACAAGUGCUUCCAAAUUCUUUAAACAUAUAUGUGUGUGUGUGUAUGUGUGUGUGUGUGUAUGUGAGUGUGUGUGUAUUUUAAUGAGUGAUAGUUUGCAGGUCUUUUGAGAUGGUUGGCAUAUCCUUCAAUUAUUCGUUUCUGUGUGAAAGUGUAAUGCUGGCUGGGAGAACAGCUAAUGGGUUUCUAUUCGCAGCGCUCAUUGUUUAAGGCUGGUUGCUCAUCACCGUACACAUUGAGAGGACAUUUUUCUAUAUUUAUUUUUUUCCACACUCCUUUUUUGCGGCUGGUUACUUCAACAGUGCAGAUUGCGAGAACUUUAUCUCCCUCUUUUCCUGUUUUGGCAAAAAGUCUCCAAAGUUGAAUGCAGUAUGAGGAUAUUUGGACAUUUUUACACCUUUGGCAUCCCUGGAUUUCUGGAGGAAUGCAGUGCGUACCCUGGACGAGCCUCUGAUUUUUCAUAAACAGAAACUACAGCACUCCUUUACUCUUCUAAAGAGAAAGGGUUGGAAUAUUGAUCAAUGCCAUUUUUACCCAGAGGUCAGCUGAACAGACGUGCUGUGGAGUCUGGAUAAGCCGGGCAGACGGGACUCAAUGCUUCUCCUCAUUCUAAGAUGAAGUUAUGGAAGUUUGCUGCCAUCGGCCUGAUUCUCUGUGGUGCUGCACUUCCUCUGCUCGUCCUUAAAACCGCUCCUUCUUCCCGAGCCCCGCCCCCUCCUCCCCACCGCAGAGCUUCAUCCUCAUCACUUUCACCUUCAUCAUCUUCAUUCACAACAAGCAAUUCGUCUACUGUUGGGGCAGGUGGGCGGCAACGGAGGGUCAGAUCAGCUGACGGAGGAAACUCUCUCGUAUCAGAAUUCAUGAAGAUGUUCCAGAGCUUCACAGAGGGCGAGCUGAAGCAGGUCAUUGGGACACUGGUGGAAAGAAAAGCCCGCAGAGAUGCCCAGAAGAGCAAGAGGACUAAACGGGCAAAAAAGCGAUCCAAACCCUGCUCGCUACAGGAGGUAGAGGUGACGGUCAGACAGCUGGGAUUGGGAUACGAGAGUGAAGAGACUAUACUCUUCCAUUACUGCAGCGGAAAGUGCACAACUAGCCGCAAAAACUAUGACCUGGCGCUGGCGAAACUGAAGCACUCGCAGCUGCUAACAAGGGAACAGAAGGACAAAGCGCGCCACAGCCCCUGCUGUCGGCCCACCGCAUAUGAGGAGGACAUCUCCUUCCUCGAUAACUUCAACAAAUACCACACAAUCCAAGAGUUCUCGGCCAAAGCAUGUGGAUGUGUCUGACCUUGAGGGUCAAAACUCAUCGGAGUUCUCAAAACUUUUAGGAAACAUAACAUUAAUCAGACAUUAAUCUCUGAAAAAAACAGACCCUUGAUUCGGAGAAGAAAAUCUUCUGGGCUUAAAGCAGAAGAGACGGAGCUUAUAUCUUGCAUCGCCUUCACGAAACAUACUCAGCUGACAGAUUCUCCUCAGAUACUUCUGCAAGUCCCGAUGAAGAGAAACCAAAAAUAUGUUAAGCAAAAAAAAUAUUCUCAUGUUCAGUCAUUGCUAAUGAGAUGCUGCUGUAUAUCUCGUUUCUAUUGCCUUCGUGGGUCGAUUUCAAAUAGCUUGAAAUGUUGGGUGGAUGCUCAGAUCUUCAAUGUCAAAAACCUCUAGAAAAUUCAUUCAGGCUUCAGUAAACAAAGCAAGUGCACAAAGGCACACCCAAUGCUGAACAAAACUUCCUCAUUGUGUAACUGGGCUGUAAAUGAUCCCAGCAGCUCUGGAAGGUUUCAUCUCUGACAUUUCAAAAGGCAAGACAUUCCCACAAAUCAAAUUCAAACAGACAUUAUACUAAACAUCUACCUCAGCUUUGCUAUAGUCAACAUGGUAAAAGAAAACCCAAUAUUUGAUCCAAAUAUUGACUUUUAUUAAAUGUUAUAAUAAUCAAACAAAAAGUCUUAUAAAAGAAGGAUUUUAAAACGCUAGGUAUCACAAACUGGUUUCAAGUCGUUCCAAAUACAACUAUGUCACAUCCUGUGAAAUCUGUCAAAUCCGAUUGGCCAAAAUAUGCAGACAGGUUAUGAUUUUUUUGGCAAAAAAAUCUGGCCAAAAGUAGUAUAUUCCAAUCUUCAUAACCUGAUGAAUUGGAUUGUAUAAAUUGGUUCAAAUUCCAUGCAUUUAUGAAACAAUACUACAAUUUCCAAAACAAUACUACUAUGCUUUUUUGGCAAAUUGGUGGCUUAUACUCAU